CGCGCGGCACCGAGAAAAGCGCCGGCCGAGGGCCCGCGGCGGGGCCGCCUGGGUGAGCGUGCCGAGGCGGCUGCGGCGCAGGCUUCCAGCCCCGACCAUGCUGUGGCCCCUGCUGCCGCCCCUGCUGCUGUUGCUGGCCGCGAGCUGGGUCCAGACGACCCGGCCAUGCUUCCCCGGGUGCCAGUGUGAGGUGGAGACCUUCGGCCUGUUUGACAGCUUCAGCCUGACACGAGUGGAUUGCAGCGGCCUUGGCCCCCACAUCGUGCCGGUGCCCAUCCCUCUGGACACAGCCCACCUGGACCUGUCCUCCAACCGGCUGGAGGCUGUGAACGAGUCGGUGUUGGCAGGGCCAGGCUACACCACGCUGGCCGGCCUGGAUCUCAGCCACAACCUGCUCACCAGCAUCUCGCCCACCGCCUUCUCCCGCCUUCGCUAUCUGGAGUCACUUGACCUCAGCCACAAUGGCCUGGCAGCCCUGCCCGCAGACAGCUUCACCAGCUCGCCCCUGAGUGACGUGAACCUCAGCUACAACCGGCUCCGUGAGGUCCCGGUGUCCGCCUUCACCACCCACGGCCAGGGCAGGGCGCUGCACGUGGAUCUCUCCCACAACCGCAUCCACCGCCUCGUGCCCCACCCCGCUGGGGCCAGCCUGCCCACGCCUGCCAUCCAGAGCCUGAACCUGGCCUGGAACCGGCUCCGCACUGUGCCCGACCUCCGGGACUUGCCCCUGCGCUACCUGAGCCUGGAUGGGAACCCGCUGGCUGCCAUCGGCCCAGGUGCCUUCACAGGACUGGCUGGCCUGACACACCUGUCGCUGGGCAGCCUGCAGGGUCUCCCCCAACUGGCACCCUAUGGUUUCCAUGAGCUGCACAGCCUGCAGGUCCUAGACCUGUCAGGCAACCCCAAGCUCAAGUGGGCAGGAGCUGAGGUGUUCUCAGGCCUGGCCUCCCUGCAGGAGCUGGACCUGUCGGGCACAAGCCUGGUGCCCCUGCCUGAGACGCUGCUCCUCCACCUCCCAGCGCUGCAGAGCGUCAGUGUGGGCCGGAGCGUGCAGUGCCGGCGCCCGGUACGGGAGGGUGCCUACCCCCGGCAGCCUGGCUCCAGCCCCAAGGUGGCUCUGCACUGCAUAGACACUGGGGAACCGGCCUCCAGGGCUUCCAGGGGCCUGGGCACCUUGUGACAAAUGGUGUGGCCCCAGGCCACACGACAGACUGCUGCCCGGGCCGACUCGGGUCCUGGGUAAUUUAUAUUUUUAUGUGCCAAUGCCAGUGGGGACUCUGCAGGCCUGUAUGGCAGCAGCACCGAAAGACAGCUGUGGCCUGAGAGGAGGCUUUGGCCCUGGGACAACACCCAGGAGGAACGUCUUGCCCUUUGUCUGUAUUGCCCCCCAAACCAUAAGCAGAGGGUCUUUGAUGCCAAACUACACAGCUGCCCCCUGCUGUCCUUCCCCACUCGACCCCAAAGUGCCUUCCCUCAGGCCUGGGCCAACCUGACUAUGACAGAAGGAAGGUCAGAGGUCAGGUCCAUGGCUGAGUGUCGUGUCCCCUUGGGCCCAUGGUCCAGCCACUCAGGGGCAUGGGUUUCUUUUGCUCUGGGCACAUGGGGCCCACUUUAUCCUUUUCUGUUCCCUUAGAGCCCUGGGUAGAACUUUAGUUACAGAAAGGACUGGGGGGUGGGGGAGGAUCAGGCCCACCUCCUCAUGUGGCAGAUGGGAGAACGGAGGCCCAGAGGAAGAACAUCGGUAAUCUGAGGUACUGCCGCGGCAGAGGCAUGACUGCCUCCCAGCCAGGCCCCUUUGCACUUUGCUGUCUUCUCUCAAUCAUGCCUCCCUCUCCCCCUUGCUGCCAAGACCCACAUCCUACCAUUGGCACCCACUUCCUGUCAUCCCGGGGAGGUAGGACUCUGGGCCCACUGACCAGCUGUGAUGCACGGGCUGUCCCUUCACCUCUCAGAGCUGCUGGAAGCGUCAGGCAUGCCAGUCCCAGCCCUGCCAGCUUCCCACUCGGGUGGGGUCCCCUGGCAUCAAGACUGGAAAGGUACCCAUUGAUCCUUGAGGCACUGCUUCUAGAUGCUCCCCCAAGAUGUUGAUGCCGUCCUGGAGCCCCACCUGCCACAAGCCAGGACGGGCCUCCCCGAUUCAGCCCCCACAGCCCACCUCCCCUACUGAGGAGGCAGCAGCAGGAGGCAGGCAGUUCCCACCCAGUUUCGUGUCCCCCCACCAGGGUGGCAUCUCGGCCUCCCAGCCCUGGCUCUUUCCUUAGUGCUCAUUUUUAUAGACGUUGUUGCCUUUCUUACGGACUGUCACUUUUAACCAGUUCCCCACCCCCGCCCCUGCUGGCAGGGGAUGCAAAGUGUCAUUUGUAAAAGAAAAGAAGUUGCAUUUGUUCACUUUCGUAAUAGUGUGUCCUGGGGGUAUGUUGGGGAAGGAGGUGUUGGGUGGAAGCCAGGCAUCCGUGGCCAUGUGGGCAACAGGGGGCUGUCCCACAAAGACACCGCAGGACAGUGAGAGCUCUGACCCCCACCAGCCCCACCCAGCACCUAGCUAGUCCUUGGUUUAAUAAACGUUAGGAAGAGUCCCUCUUUCCAUCACUCGACCAGUAUCCACUCAUAUUCCCUGGGCUGGGCCCUAGGACUACACGGAUGGAUCAGCACCAGCCUGGCCCUGGGCAGUGUGUUCUUCCUGAAAAGCCCAAUAGGGGAGAGAGGUGACACGGGGGGCAUUACGCGGGGGUGGGUUGCACCUACAGCAGCUUGCACCCUGUCCACCUUCCUUAUCUCCCCUCUCCCAUGAACUCACACGCCUCUGCCUUUGCUCAGACUGUUACUCUGGGACCUUGCCUUUGCCCUCAUCUCUACCUCUCAACUCCUUCUCAGGCUCAUAGACCCAGUUCCUAUCUCACCUCCUUCAGAAGUUACCCCCUGAGGUCCCUCCACCUCCCUCCUCUGAGUUCCUUCAGUCCUUUGUUCCUUCCUGUCAUUUCACUGCGGUGGUAGCCUAACUCCUCUGUACACUUCCAGUGACAGGGGAGCUCAUGUCCAGCUCAUCUGAGAGACUCUACUGUCAGCAAAUUCUCCCUUCUAAUUGGCCAAGGUCUGCAGGGAUACCCAUUACCAUCCCCCCCAACAACCACAGGUCACCCCACCUCUGCCCUAAGGAGUCUCACAUUCUCUGGUUCCCUGGGAUGGGAGGGGGUGAAAGGACACAGAGGACACCUAACUCAAUGGCACAGGGAGCUGUGAGCCCUGUGGACGGGUCAGGGAGGCUUCCUGGAGGAGGCUCAUCCAUCCACACAGCUGAGCAGGACAAGUGGGCCUGAGAGAAGGGCUGGCACUUGGGAGGGGUUAUAGGUGAGCAAUGGCACAGAACCCAGAACAUGCAGGUCACAGGUAUGGAUGGGAGCUUGCCCUUCUUGUCACUCAACUC